CCCCGUAGAGGGCGAGGGCGGUGGGCGUGAGCUUAAGCGACAGAUGUUGAUGUUGUAUGCCGCUUGCAGCCAGCGGUUAUCCUCUUCUCUCAUGGCCUCCAAACCUCAACGCCUCCAUCAGAUUGCUAGCGGCGCGUCGAUCCUGGGUUCCGGAAAGAAGCCGAGGGCGAUGACGACGUCGACGGCAACAUCUGACUCGCCCAUGAGGGAGGAGUUCGCCAAAUACACCGAUUACCUCAACCAGCUGAAUGACAAACGGGAGAGAGUUGUCAAGGCUAGUCGUGAUGUGACAAUGAACAGCAAAAAGGUCAUAUUUCAGGUGCAUAGAAUGAGUAAAGGUAAUAGAGAAGAUGUGUUGGCAAAGGCAGAAAAUGAUCUUGCUGCUGUGACUGAUCAAUAUAUGUCAAAACUAGUGAAGGAGUUGGAUGGGACUGAUUUUUGGAAGCUUAGACGUGCCUAUACAUUUGCUGUCCAAGAGUAUGUUGAAGCUGCAACACUUUGUAGAUUUUGCAAGGCUGGAACACUACUUAAUCUUGCUGAGAUUAAUGCUUCUUUGCUUUCUCUUAGUGAUGAGUCUCUUGAGCCUUUACAAAUAAAUGUUCUCGACUACCUCCUGGGGCUUGCAGAUUUGACUGGGGAGCUUAUGAGACUAGCCAUUGGUCGUAUUUCAGAUGGAGAGGUUGAAUAUGCUGAGAAGAUUUGUAGAUUUGUACGGGAUAUAUACAGGGAGUUAACCCUUCUUGUACCUCUUAUGGAUGAUAACUUCGAGAUGAAGAAGAAAAUGGAUACAAUGCUUCAAAGCCUAGUGAAGAUUGAAAAUGCUUGCUUCAGCGUUCAUGUUAGGGGGUCAGAGUAUAUUCCUUUGCUUGGAAGUUCUGAUCCAAAUUACUCCUUCUUGGGUUUGCCAGAUCUGGAAUCAUGAACUAGCAGCAGAUCUAGGCCCCUGGUUUAUGUCCCCUGUGGAAUGGCCCAUGCUGACAAACAAAUGUUGGAAGCAAACCAAGUUGGUCCACUGUCCUAGUGCUGCAUGGUCAUAAUGCGUCGCCUGUGGAAGGUACUAAAUGUGGUUUUAUCUUCAUAUUGGCACUGUUAAGAUCCUUAAAUGUAGUAUCACUUGAGUCGCCCCCUUUUUUCCUCCUUGUGUGAAAUAUACUUGUUAGAUCUGGUGGAGAACAUAAUCCAUGAGGGAAGAAACUUAAAACAAGGUGAACAAACGAAUAUAUUACCUGUCCUCAAGUUAACUCUUUUGUGGCUUAGCAGCUGAAAUUUGCAUCG